AUGCCCAAGAAGCACACGCCCUCGUACACUACCGCGAAACCAUCCUAUGUUCACCCUUCGCUGCAGAGCUCCCGCUCAACCUCGUCUUCGUCCUCGACCGCAGAAUCCCAGACGGUCAACCAGCGCAUACAACAGCUCCGUCGCGAACAGGCUCCGCGAGCAACCCCGCAACAACGAGAUGAACUCACCUUGGUAGUAAGCAACCGCACCGUUCCGCCGGAACUGCGGCGCAUUCUGCACAUACCCGAAGUUAACGCUCCCAAACCAAAGGCCAACUCGAGGAUGCGCCGCGCCAACGGAGGUCCCAGACCACCACCGGGGCCCGCAGCUCCCACAAGCUGGUUGCAGACGAGCCGCCACGGUACUGUGCUCGGAAGAAAGAAGGCGGGACAGGUCAAGGAGAGCGUUGCUCGGUUUGGCACAUUGGCUCGAGUCACGGACGAGGGAAGAAAGCGCCUACCGCACCCUCGAAGCCUUGCCCACCAAUGCCUACGGACUUUUGCGCUGCACUGGCAGGGGCUUUCCGAAUACGAGCAACAUUAUAUUCCGUCGCUACCGGCAUCGCUUAAGGAGUCUUUGCUGAGCUACCUGACCGUGUACGGGGAGCCAGGAUGGGUAGAUUUCAAAUCGUUAAAGAUACUAUUUCAGAAUGAAGACGGGGGAACAGCAGGCUGUGAAGAGGUACAAAUUUUGGACCUGUCCAGGCUGUUGAGUGAAAACUUGACGCUCCACGAUGUUGGAAAGUGCCUCAAGCGACCAAACGUGACGGCGCCAGUCCAUGUCAGCAUUGAAGUACGUAGUGUAACGGACGAGCUGGCCGAAUCGUGGGAAGAAGAAGCAGAUGAAGGACCAUUAGCUCCCCUAAUACCAGCUGCGAAGCUCCACGUACCGCUCUUUGUGAACCUCAGUCGACUAUCUCUUGCCAACCCCGGGCCAUGGGCGUCUUGGCCAGAACUACUCCGCAUCUCACCGAACCUCAACAAGAUCACACACUUGUCGCUCGCCCACUGGCCUCGGCCGUCGAUGACGCCGAACGCAAAGACGACAUCGAUGAUCUCGCGACACACGAGCGUCUCGCUAGGCGGGUCCGACUUCUACUCUGACCUCGACGACGACUGGCACGAAGCCACCAACAUCAUGCGGCGCUUCUCCAAAGACACGUACUCGCUACAGUGGUUAGACCUGGAAGGGUGCUUCUGGCUCAAAGCACUGACGUCCCACGGUGGCAGGUCUGGCGUCGACGCUGGCCUCAGCACCGAGGAAUGGAGCACGCAAGAGGGAAUCCCCGGUCCGGACUGGAACGACUCGUGGCGGCGCAUCACUUACGUUAAUGUUUUCCAAGGCUGGAUCCCGAGUGAUAGUCAGAGUCUGCAGAAUAUGCCUGCAGGCAUUGUGCCUGUGCAAUUGCUCCGGUGGCUGCGCGAGAAUAAAGACAAAGAACAUGUCAAGUGGCGACUGAAUAGUCAGGAAUCUGGGCAUGCGGUUGCCGAGUGGGUGAAUCGCGAAAAGGUGGCGCGGAUUGUGGCCAUGGAUAUCCAGGCGGUGCGUAAACGCGGAGAAGGGGCGUGGUGUGUAGUUGAUUUUGGAUGGGGGGGUUCGGGGGUCAAGAUGGCAUAG